AUGCCAGCUGAGCGUAAAAAGCCGGCAAGUAUGGAAGAAAAAGAAUCUUUGCUUAACAACAAGGAAAAAGAUUGUGGUGAAAAGCGGCCAGUGAGUAGCAGGGAGAAACCAAAAGAAGAGAUCAAGCUCCCUGCCAAGAAAGAGGUUAUUAAGGUCCCUGAAGAUAAAAAGAAGAAACUGGAAGAAGAUAAGAGGAAAAAAGAAGACAAAGAACGCAAGAAAAAAGAAGAAGAAAAGGUAAAGGCAGAAGAGGAAUUAAAGAAAAAAGAGGAAGAAGAAAAAAAGAAACUUGAAGAAGAAGAGAGAAAGAAGCAGGAAGAGCAGGCAAAACGACAGCAAGAGGAAGAAGCUGCCCAAUUGAAAGAGAAAGAGGAAUCUCUUCAGCUUCAUCAGGAAGCAUGGGAACGACAUCAGUUAAGAAAGGAACUUCGCAGCAAAAACCAAAAUGCUCCAGACAACCGACCAGAGGAAAAUUUCUUUAGCCGACUAGACUCAAGUUUGAAGAAAAAUACUGCUUUUGUCAAGAAACUAAAAACUAUUACGGAGCAACAGAGAGACUCCUUGUCCCAUGAUUUUAGUGGCCUAAAUUUAAGUAAAUACAUUGCAGAAGCUGUAGCUUCUAUUGUGGAAGCAAAGCUAAAAAUAUCUGAUGUGAAUUGUGCUGUGCACUUAUGCUCUCUGUUUCACCAGCGCUAUGUCGACUUUGCUCCAUCACUUCUGCAGGUUUGGAAAAAACAUUUUGAAGCAAGGAAAGAAGAGAAAACACCUAACAUUACCAAAUUAAGAACUGAUUUACGUUUUAUUGCGGAAUUGACAAUAGUUGGGAUUUUCACUGACAAGGAAGGUCUUUCUUUAAUCUAUGAACAGCUUAAAAAUAUUAUUAAUGCUGAUCGGGAAUCACAUACUCAUGUUUCUGUGGUGAUUAGUUUUUGUCGACAUUGUGGAGAUGAUAUUGCUGGACUUAUACCAAGGAAAGUAAAGAGUGCUGCAGAGAAGUUUAAUUUGACUUUUCCUCCUAGUGAGAUAAUUAGUCCAGAGAAACAACAACCUUUCCAGAAUCUUUUAAAAGAAUACUUUACAUCUUUGACCAAACAUCUGAAAAGGGACCACAGGGAGCUACAGAAUACUGAGAGACAAAACAGGCGUAUUCUACAUUCUAAAGGGGAGCUAAGUGAAGAUAGGCAUAAACAGUAUGAGGAAUUUGCUAUGUCUUAUCAGAAGCUGCUGGCAAAUUCUCAAUCCUUAGCAGAUCUUUUGGAUGAAAAUAUGCCAGAUCUUCCUCAAGACAAACCAACACCAGAAGAGCAUGGGCCUGGAAUUGAUAUAUUUACACCUGGUAAACCUGGAGAAUAUGACUUGGAAGGUGGUAUAUGGGAAGAUGAAGAUGCUCGGAAUUUCUAUGAGAACCUCAUUGAUUUAAAAGCUUUUGUUCCAGCCAUCUUGUUUAAAGAUAAUGAAAAAAGUUGUCAGAAUAAAGAGUCCAACAAAGAUGAUUCUAAAGAGGCAAAGGAACCUAAAGAUAAUAAGGAGGUAUCAAAUCCUGAUGAUUUAGAACUUGAGUUGGAGAAUCUAGAAAUUAAUGAUGACACCUUGGAGUUAGAGGGUGCAGAUGAAGCUGAAGAUCUUACAAAGAAACUUCUUGAUGAGCAAGAACAAGAGGAUGAAGAAACCAGCACUGGAUCUCAUCUGAAGCUCAUAGUAGAUGCUUUUCUCCAGCAAUUGCCCAACUGUGUGAACCGAGAUCUGAUAGACAAGGCAGCAAUGGAUUUUUGCAUGAACAUGAACACAAAAGCAAAUAGGAAGAAGUUGGUACGAGCACUCUUUAUAGUUCCCAGACAAAGGUUGGAUUUGCUACCAUUUUAUGCAAGAUUGGUUGCUACAUUGCAUCCCUGCAUGUCUGAUGUAGCAGAGGAUCUUUGUUCCAUGCUGAGGGGGGAUUUCAGAUUUCAUGUACGAAAAAAGGACCAGAUCAAUAUUGAAACAAAGAAUAAAACUGUUCGUUUUAUUGGAGAACUAACUAAAUUUAAGAUGUUCACAAAAAAUGAUACACUGCAUUGUUUAAAGAUGCUUCUAUCAGACUUUUCCCAUCACCAUAUUGAAAUGGCAUGUACCCUAUUGGAAACAUGUGGAAGAUUUCUUUUCAGAUCUCCAGAAUCUCACUUGAGGACCAGUGUACUUUUGGAACAAAUGAUGAGAAAGAAACAAGCAAUGCAUCUCGAUGCAAGAUAUGUCACGAUGGUAGAGAAUGCAUAUUACUACUGCAACCCACCUCCAGCCGAAAAAACAGUGAGGAAGAAACGUCCUCCUCUCCAGGAAUAUAUCCGGAAACUUUUGUACAAGGAUCUCUCCAAGGUCACCACUGAGAAGGUUUUGAGACAGAUGCGAAAAUUGCCCUGGCAGGACCAAGAAGUGAAAGAUUAUGUUAUUUGUUGUAUGAUAAACAUCUGGAAUGUGAAAUAUAAUAGUAUUCAUUGUGUGGCAAACCUCUUAGCAGGACUAGUGCUCUACCAAGAGGAUGUUGGAAUCCAUGUUGUGGAUGGAGUUUUAGAAGAUAUUCGAUUAGGAAUGGAGGUUAAUCAACCUAAAUUUAAUCAGAGACGUAUCAGCAGUGCCAAGUUCUUAGGGGAACUUUAUAAUUACCGCAUGGUGGAAUCAGCUGUUAUUUUUAGAACUCUUUAUUCUUUUACUUCAUUUGGUGUUAAUCCUGAUGGCUCUCCAAGUUCACUGGACCCUCCUGAGCACCUUUUCAGAAUUAGACUAGUGUGCACUAUUUUGGAUACUUGUGGCCAGUACUUUGACAGAGGCUCCAGUAAACGAAAACUUGAUUGCUUCCUUGUAUAUUUUCAGCGUUAUGUUUGGUGGAAGAAAAGUUUGGAGGUUUGGACAAAAGAUCAUCCAUUUCCUAUUGACAUAGAUUACAUGAUCAGUGAUACACUAGAACUGCUAAGACCAAAGAUCAAACUUUGUAAUUCUCUGGAAGAAUCCAUCAGGCAGGUACAAGACUUGGAACGAGAAUACUUAAUAAAACUAGGCCUAGUAAAUGACAAAGAUUCAAAAGAUUCUAUGACAGAAGGAGAAAAUCUUGAAGAGGAUGAAGAAGAAGAAGAAGGAGGAGCUGAAACAGAAGAACAAUCUGGAAAUGAAAGUGAAGUAAAUGAACCAGAAGAAGAGGAGGGUUCUGAUAAUGAUGAGGAGGAAGGAGAGGAAGAUGAGGAAGAGAAUACAGAUUAUCUUACAGAUUCAAAUAAGGAGAAUGAAACUGAUGAAGAAAAUACUGAGGUAAUGAUCAAAGGAGGUGGACUUAAGCAUGUACCUUGUAUAGAAGAUGAGGACUUCAUUCAAGCUCUGGAUAAAAUGAUGUUAGAAAAUCUUCAGCAACGAAGUGGAGAAUCUGUUAAAGUGCACCAACUUGAUGUUGCUAUUCCCUUGCAUCUCAAAAGUCAGCUGAGGAAAGGACCCCCACUUGGUGGUGGAGAAGGAGAGACAGAAUCUGCAGAUACAAUGCCAUUUGUCAUGUUAACUAGAAAAGGCAAUAAACAACAGUUUAAGAUCCUUAAUGUACCCAUGUCUUCCCAACUUGCUGCAAAUCAUUGGAACCAGCAACAGGCAGAACAGGAAGAAAGGAUGAGAAUGAAAAAGCUCACGCUAGAUAUCAAUGAACGACAAGAACAAGAAGAUUAUCAAGAAAUGCUGCAGUCUCUUGCCCAGCGCCCAGCUCCAGCAAACACCAAUCGUGAGCGGAGGCCCCGUUACCAACAUCCAAAGGGAGCACCUAAUGCGGAUCUAAUCUUUAAGACUGGUGGGAGGAGACGUUGA